GGCAACACCGGAUCCUUAACCCGCUGAGCAAGGCCAGGGAUCGAACCUGCAAACUCAUGGUUCCUAGUCGGAUUCGUUAACCCCUGAGCCACGAUGGGAACUUGUGGUUGAUGCUUUUUAUGUCAUUAUAUUCUGUCAGCAUUCCGUAACUUAGUACAUUUGUGAGUGUCUGACAGCACACUGGAGGACAUAUAAACAACUACUGAUACAUAAUUACCAAGUCACGUCUGAAUGUAACACUUCAGUGUAUGUAUGUAGUAGAAGUAGUUCAGGCAGAGAUAUAAAGAACAUGUUGAUAUACUUGCGUAUAUUUUAUAUAGAGUACAAUUUAUAUUGUACAUUAUAUAUCAUUAUACUAUAUAUACAUUUAUAAUUAUAUUCCACUCCUUUCCAUUGUCAUCUAGCUAAUGAGCCACUGAGGCCAGAGAACUUCCCUCUAAAUCCAUCCGAGGGCUGAGCACAGGGCUGCUACUGGCUUUUGCUGGAAUUUAAAAAAGCAGCCUUUCCACCACACGGAUGAAACCCCACCCACGGGCCACAGCCUGGAAAGGGAAGUGUGGGUGGGUCUCAGUCCUUCUCCUCCAGACCAGGCACCUGUCUCCGGAGCGACUGCACAAACUUGUGGGCAGAAGCUCUGGCCGGGCUGUCCUCGGGUCCCCUCGCCUCUGGCACGCGAGCUUGCCCCAGCUCUUCUGGCCGAACAAAUCCUUCUUAGCAGCCUCACCCCUUCAACAGGACACACAUGCCAAACGUGUCUAAACCUCUGCAGCCGACCCAGCUAAGGACAAAGCUGGGACCUAAGCUACUGACACAGUAGGUGAACAAGAGAAAAAUAGGAACACAAGCACACACACACAUGAAGGCAGGAGGAGCUGCAGGGAGCCUGCUGACGCAGUGAAGGAUGGAUAAGAUCAGCUGGAACGGCUUACGGGGUCAGCGCAAAUUUAAAAAGAGGAAGGAAUGCAGUCAGACAGAAUGUGCGUUUCCUGUACAUACAGAAGAGCUUAGGAAAUAGUUCCUGAAUGACUGAGGGCGAGACGUUGAAGGAAGAUCAGAUUAACGGGAAGAGAAAGGUCUCGCCUACAUGCAUUUUCUAAUAUUUGCAGGUCCAUUUUAGAGAAAAGGAAAUUAGGAAAGUGAGAUGCAGACUCGUAGCCACGUGAACUGCAGGGUCCGGGUGCACGUGGGACCAGUUCGGGCGAGUCAGUCACUCUAACAGUUUUCUCAGCCUCCGGGAUUUCCGUGCUGAUCACCUCCAGCAGCUCUACCCUUCUAGAAAAAGACUUCUUUUCAUCGCACUGCUAUUGACAGAACGUGCCCCUCGCCUGACGGCGCAGCCGCACCUCCGUCCGGCGCUGCAUUGCCUCUGCUUCGCCUCCGUCUGGUUUCCGCUCCGCCCUCCACUGAAGCCACCCGGCAGGGUUACUGACGACCUUCCCUUCACAAACCCGACGGAUCUUUGCAGCCCUUUGCUCUCCCAAUCGCUUCCCAGCUUCUAACGCUCCCUUGGCCACUCUUCCUGGAUCACUCCGCCCUGGGCUUCUGCGAUACCUUCUUCCGGUUUUCCGCCUGCGGCUCCUCUUUCUCAGUCUCUCGCUUAAACACGUGCGCACUCGGCUCCCGCGGCGGGAGCCACCCGCUUUCCUCUGGCUCUGCGGUCUCCUGGACCAGCUUUGCUUUUGGCGUCUCUCGUAUGUAUUAUGAACACUGCACGUGUUUGAGGCUGUCUCCCCUGAACUUGUUUCCUUCUGCCACCGUCACCCAACGCCUACACACGAUCGGAUGGCUCCUCCUCCAAAAUAGCUAAAGAUCGAGAUACCCUUCCCACCAUUUCGGCUGCCACCCUGCUCAGCUAAGCCCGUCACGCCCUCCCCAGGGCUCCUGCAGUCACCUCCUAGCUGGUCCCCUUAACUCCACUCUGACACCCUAGAGGCCGUUUUACUACGAAGUCACGUCCACAUGCGAACACGUCUGUUCUGCAUUUCAAAACCAGCGAAGGCCUUUUCAGCUUCUUACCAUGAAACCGACGGUGUGGAAGGCCUAGGGCGCCCGGCUUCUGCCUGCUCUUCCAACGUCAUCGCCACCUCGCUCUUGCUGCAAGGAGCACUCUGGCGCCUCUUCCUCUGAGCUCCCUCCUCGCCACCGUCUGGAUUCAUGUAGGGGCCACGCACCUUUCACCUCCUCCGCUAGGACUUGACUGCUGCCUCCUGCCUUGGCCCCGCAGCUUCCCUCCUGCACGCGGCACGUUCCUGCACAUCCUGGAGCUUCCAGCUCAGCUACUGCUUUUCUGGGAUGCCCUCUCUCACCACCCCAGGUGUGGUGAAGUGGUCCUCGUGUGCCCUCGUGGGCCCUGGUACUUCCUGCCUCAAAGUCCCCACCGCGUGAACGUUCACAGCUGGGCAAAGUGAAAAAUCCUCUAUGACCUACAUUGCUGGCGAAAGCCUGGAGCUAACCAAACUCCAUCUGAAUGCUCAAGUCCAAGGUAAACCCUCCAGAACGGGGACAGCCAGAAAAAAUGAACAGGCGGAAUUGUUGGAUUUGUAAGAUGUGCAGAGCUGUAUCUAAGAGGCCCCCUUCCAACCUUACCUUGGAGGAAGUACUGCAGUGGGCCCAGUCUUUUGAAAAGUUGAUGGCUACAAAAUAUGGCCCAGUAGUCUAUGCAGCAUACUUAAAAAUGGAGCACAGCGAUGAGAAUAUUAAAUUCUGGAUGGCAUGUGAAACCUACAAGAAGAUUGCCUCGCGCUGGAGCAGAACGUCUAGGGCAAAGAAGCUGUAUAAGAUUUACAUCCAGCCGGAGUCCCCUAGAGAGAUUAACAUCGACAGCUCAACAAGGGAAACCAUCAUCAAGAAUAUUCGAGAACCCACUCCCACGUGUUUUGAGGAGGCCCAAAAAAUAGUGUAUAUGCACAUGGAAAGGGAUUCCUAUCCCAGGUUUCUGAAGUCGGAAAUGUACCAGAAACUUCUGAAGACUAUUCAGCCCAACCACAAUUCUUGACGACCACUCACUAGUUUGAACUGAAGAUGGUAUACUGAAAGUACUGACCUUGUCCUUUUAAUAUUUAACCCCCCCCCGUCAAAUCAGACAUAGAGUAGGAAUGGAAUAGAAGAAAUCAAACUACAAAGUGAUUUCUAGUUCUCAAAGAGAAACAGAUCCCCAAAGGGGUGGCCCUAGAGUUCUUACCACAUAAAUAACUCAAUGAUGGCAGACCUACAUAGCUUGCUUAGUAUAUAAGGAAAAGCAUCUCCCUUCAUGACAGCAAUAUUACGAAGCAUUUACUGGAGAAAUCAACUAAUGGUAUUUUCUUACUAAUGAAAUUUUGCUGUCCUAAUGCCUAGAUCAGUUCUUUAAAAACUGUUGCUGUAUGAGUUGUAUCUCUAGCGCAAAUGUCUUUUUUAGACUGCUCGUAAAAACUUUAAUGAGUAGACAAACUUGGCAAAGUAUAAUCAAUUGAAUUAUAUCUUGAACAACAUUAAAAGCUGUGCUCUUGGAGAAUAUCUUACCUGUAAAAUUUUCCUACUAUUAUGUUCACACCUGAAGUUCUAUAUUGCAUAUAUCUACUACGCAGGAAAAACUCUGAAUGAGUCUCAGCUAUUCAUGUGCAUGAAUUUCUUCAUUUAUUUCUAUACCUAUAUUGCUAGAGGAUAGAAAUUUUGGUUCCUACAUUGUAAGAUUUUUUUUCUUACAAUGUGAGUCCACCAUGGCCCAAAUAAUCAAUAAAUCCAAAUAUAAACCAAAACCUUUAUACAUAUGUGAUUUUUUCAAAGACAUGAUGAAGUUAUUUUUCUAGUAAAAGACGUUUUUUAACUGUCCUGUCAUAGAAGCUUCUUAGAAUUGGUUAGAAGAUUCCAGAGAAAAGAACUCCCAUCUGUUUGUUUUGUUUGCUUUGUCUGGCACAUAGCACAGGAUAAAUGUUGCACUAGAAUGGAUGGCCUGUGCUUGACAAAGAAUAAGAUACCUAAACUAUUUAAUAUUAAUUUUUCCAAAGAAUUAGCUGUAAGAAAUUUUUGUUCAAGAUUUUUAGUUUUCGUACGAAGACUGUUUCUCAGGCCUCAGAUUUGACUGAAAGAGCAUGACUAUUUCUGUUUUAUAGAAAGCUAAGCUGUAUCACAUGAAAAUAAAUAUUAACUGGCAUUGUUCUCAUUAAACACAGAUUUAUUGUCAACAGUAUUAACAGUUAUGGAUUCAUUUCUGAGAAAGGGAAUUGGCUGUGCAAGAGAGUAUUUUUUGUUUAGAAGCAUAGAGUUGAGAAGUUCCCAUCGUGGCACAGUGAAAACGAAUCUGUCUAGGAACCUGUCUAGGCCAGGUUCGAUCCCUGGCCUUGCUCAGUGGGUUAAGGAUCUGAUAUUGCUGUGAGCUGUGGUGUAGGUUGUAGAUUCAGCUCAGUUCCCAAGUUGCUGUGGCUGUGGCACAGGCCAGCAGCUACAGCUCCAACUAGACCCCUAGCCUGGGAAUCCCCACAUGCUGUGAGUACAGCCCUAAAAAAAAAAAAGAAACAUAUAGUUGAUUACUUGGAAUUCUAGUUACUUGUCCCAGGUGUUGUACCACAGUAGUCCAAUUUAAUCUAACCUACUGAAUUUAAUUUCUUUCUUUUCAAAAUACCAACAUAAGGAUAGCAGUAUAAGGAAACUUGAUAAUGAUCCCCAGGCACAAUAAGCCAGAAAAAAAAAGAAAAACUGCUUCUUCAUGUUUCAAAUAGCCUCCUUAUCUCAGUCCAUCAGCAAAUGCGAAUAUUUCAGCAAGUCAAAAAGGUCAUUCCUACAUAGUGUUGAUGCACCUGUUUCAACUCUCCUGAGCCCUUCUCACUCAAACUGUACUAAGUCCGCCAAACACUGAUGUAACUAAUAAACAGAAUAAUCAGCA